AUGUUGACAAAGAAGAAUUGGUACAUACACAGUGACACAAUAGUUAUGGAAGGAAAUUGUAGUGCGGUCAUUCAGUGCAUCCUUCCCCCGAACCAUAAGGAUCCUGGAAGUGUCACUAUACCGUGUUCUAUUGGUGAGGUUGCUGUGGGUAAAGCUUCCAUAGACUUGCGAGCUAGUAUCAAUUUAAUGCCUUUCUCCAUGUGUCGACAACUUGGAGAGAUAGAGAUAAUGCCCAUAUGCAUGACCCUCCAGUUAGCUGAUCGCUCCAUCACAAGACCAUAUGAAGUGAUCGAAGACGUUUUGGUUAGGGUCAAACAUUUGAUCUUGGAAGACCUUUUAUGCCUACCGCAAGCUGUGCGGUAG